CACUAUGAUGACAAGCUAUUCCUGUGAAUACUCCCGAACAUGAAUCUCACACGAGUAAAAAGCUUCGUCCAUGAGUGCAGAGUGUGGACGAGGACAAGGACACAGGGCUGCUUACACCUGGGAUCCGAGCUGACAUCCACAGUAAAAGCAUUCACCAUGGGAGACGAGAUUCAAACAUGACGAGAUCGUCGACACCGAGACGGGUGGACAUCCAGAUAAGUCUCUUCUAGCGCCGGGAUGCGGUAGGCGAACAAAGCUGUCGUGCCUACUGCAAGCUAGCGGGUCGCGGUUGAGAUUAUUCGAAGACACGGACUAAACAAUGGAACCUCGAUCUCAGAGGGUCAGUGUAUGUCUUCGAUACAUAGAAAAUGAGUCGAAUCAGGUGCGUAAAUCAAAGUGUACCGAAGAUAUUUGUGAGAAGAAGCUGUCGAGCGACAAAGCGAUUGUCUUUCUCGGACCGAGUGCAGCCAUGUCGGACGGAUGAGAACAGGUCUCGUGUAUAGAGACAGUGGAAUGUCUACUAGGACGAUCUCUCGAGAGAGUGAUGCACUAUUUCAAGAUAUGGCAGUUGAUUGCGUUUCAGACAUAUCUGGCCGCAACAUGAACGCAAGGAAAUUGGGGCAUAUAAUACCCUUCCGUGUUCAGAAUGAUGACUCAGAGAUCAGAGACACUUGGAUUUUACAACAAUCAAGCAUGGUCCCUGGAAACGAACUUUUGAAAAUCUGAACCAUAUCACUCUGCUCGGACUUCGUUUUAGAGGGUCCUUUUUAUCGUGAUUGCCUUGUCUCGAGAUCAUGCAAACGAGGCGAAGCAUACUGAUCACCAUGACUCGAUGCUGUACAUUACUGCAAGUUAUCUAAACCUGAUGAAAAGGGACUGCAGUCUGAAAAAGUUCGUCACCUGUCUAGAUAAUGCCUACUUACCUCUAGUAAUCCAGUUUUUAAGGCAAGUACCGGAAGUGCUGUCCACUUGAUCCUCGCACAUGGUCCUCUUUAUAACGACUUGUGAAUUUUGGUACUUUACCAGACGUAGUACAAUAGGUCUAUGAAAUUCCGGACUUUCAAGCACACAGGAACUUCAGGGACACUGAGAUUACAGAACCCCGAUUAAAGGUCGCCGCGCCUCUAUCUGCUGAGACCCAAGUCUGCAGCAAAGCAGCAAGUAUUACGAAUGUGAAGUCCUGAGCUUGAGAUUUUGAAGAUCUUUUGCAAGGAGCUCGCAGGUCCCAGAGGCCAAGUGCUCAACUGCCGGAUGGACUCAAAGCUUAGUAAGGAUUCUUCAGGAAGGUCUAUCAUGGAUUUGUCGUCGCCUCGAAGUUGAAGUGGGAAUCCCGAUAACCUUGUGGAUAGGUAUCCUGAUAGUGGUCUGUCACGUCUUCAGAACGAAUCUCCUCAAUGCGUGAAAACUUGCCACGCCACCUUCUCAUGGGCAACCCUGACAAACCUGUAUACUUUGAAGGAACGAG